CGCGCGCGGGCUGCAGACUCGCACGCGGGUGUCUGAUUUCCACCCACAAACCCGCUCCGUGCACCCUCCCGGGGCCGAUGUUGACAAAGAGAAGGAUGGUGGCUCAAGCUACACCGCCGGUUUAGUAAUUCAGCUCAUAAAAACCAACACCGGAGCUCACGGUGUGGCAGAUUGGCUAGGAUUUGAGACCGCAGUUUGGACGCUUUGAUUCGGACAAUUCGGCGGAGGAGCUCCGGAAUGACCAGCGGACAUCCGCGAGCAUCGACGCCGCGAAGCGUGCACUCGGCCCGGCGGGCGUCUUGAUGUUUUGACUGCUGAUCGUGAAGCGCGCUGGAGCUCACCGGGGACUCCGCUUUCUCCCGACGCCUCGCGGGGCCCAAGCCGUGCCUCAAGCGCGAGAGCAUGGGUCGGUGCGACGGGAGGUGCACGCUGGUGGUCAUCUGCUGCCUGCAGCUGGUCGCUGCAUUACAGAGGCAGGUGUUUGACUUUAUGGGAUAUCAGUGGGCUCCCAUCCUGGCCAACUUCCUCCAUAUCAUGGCCGUCAUUCUGGGAGUGUUUGGAACUGUGCAAGUCCGCUCCAGAUAUCUGAUACUGUAUGCUGUGUGGCUUGUGGUCUGGGUGGGCUGGAACUCGUUCAUCAUCUGUUUUUAUCUGGAAGUUGGUCACCUGUCUCAGGACAGGGAUUUCCUGAUGACAUUUAACACUUCGCUUCAUCGCUCCUGGUGGAUGGAGAACGGGCCUGGUUGCCUAGUUACUCCAGUGCCUGAUUCGCCAUUGGCUCCUCAGGAUCAUCAUGUGAUCACUGUCAGCGGCUGCUUGCUGGACUACCAGUACAUAGAGGUGGUCAGUUCAGCUCUGCAAGUGUUUCUCGCACUCUUUGGAUUUGUUUAUGCCUGCUAUGUUAGUAAAUACAGCCCGGAUGACGAGGACAGCUUUGAUUUCUUUGAUGGAUUGGGCUCGUAUAAUUACCAGCCUCCACAGAAGAUCUCCCAAUUACAGCUCCGGCCUCUCUAUACGACUGGAUAGAAACCGGAAGAAAUUCCAGGUCCAGAAGAAAACACCUGCUAAUUUCAGAGAGAGAGGAAGUCCUCUUCAUUACGGGAAACACUCAACCAGCUUCAGUGUCUGUUUCCCGCAAACUUUUGUCUCCCUCUGUUGGAGAAAACACACACACGCACCAGCCAGAGUUACAGAGAGACGACCAGCAACCAGACCGACACUACUUAACAGACUUCAAGACAGUCAAAACUGUGUGUGUGUGUGUGUGUGUGUUCGUUCACGUGCGCACAAGCACAUAGGCCUUUGUAUUUGUUUGAGUAUUGACACGCUGUGCGACCUUUGACCCAGGUAAUCUUUGAACACAAAUGCCGGAGUUUCUGGCAGGAGAGCGGCUGUUUAUACUCCGAUAUAAGACACUAUAAUGUACCGUGGUAGAUGAAUGUGUUAGGUUGGCUUAGAUGUGUAUUUCGGGGGGAAUGCUGUAGGACUAUUUGUGCAUGUAAAUCUCACAAUAGAGGAGUUGUGCCUCUGGGUUGGCCCUCAUACGUCUGCGUGAAUGCAUGAAUGUGCGUCGUGUCCGUGUAUUUAUGCACAUAACGGGACUAGCCAUAUAUGUUGAUUGAUUUGGACAGGAGAUUAGAGUGAAUGUAUGGUAAUGUACACUUCUUGUUUUGAGUGGCUGGAGGCGGCGUAAGGGCAAACCCGAAGGGUGGGACGGCAUAAUAAACUCUUUCUAGAUUAA